AUAUGAAGAGCUGUUAAUAGAGGAUAUUAAAGAUGCUUGUGAACAAUUCUAUAACACACCGGCAGGAUUGUGUGAUAUUCUUGCCUCGGACAGAGGACCUGUGUGUACAAAAAUGGAACAAAUCAAAGAGAAAAAGGUGUACUUUAUCCGUUUUUACCACCUGCCGAGCAUGAUGCGUCACAACAGCCUAGGGGUAAGGGGUCAACAAAUUCCACGCUAAUUUCACCAUCAAAGAUUGUAUAAAUGGACGGCCAUCAUCCUGAAAUGCCAAGCCCCAAAUUGGCCAGAACAGUUUAUCCAAAAUCAGUAUCCAUUGGGGAUUUACUUUGGGCAGGGUUACCUCCACAGUUAACAACUCACAGUUUGGAAAUGGUUGUAGAGAAAUGCGAGUGGUUUUACCUCCAGUAGUUGGAAUGUCUGUGUAUAUUCUGGGUGAUCUAAACUGUGAUUCGCUAAAACCAGAUAAUGAAUCUAACAUUCCUACAAAUUAUAACGACGAAUUAUAUUGGUUAUCGCAACUGAUAGAUGAUGCUACUUGCUACUCGAGUAACUAUGAAAACCACCAGCCUAAUUGAUCAUGUUGAAUACAGACUAAAGACAAGAAAGUUUCUGAUUCUGGUGUUAUUCAUACAGGUAUAAGUGACCAUAGCUUAGUAUUUGCCAUCAGAAAAAUGUCUGUUAUUGGUAUAAAAUAAUAAUAAUAAUAAUAUUUAUUCAGGAAGCUCCACUCACCGAAUAGUUUUUUAGGGAGGUCCUGUAAUAUAUAUCUAUAUUAUACAUGGUAUUUGUAAACUAUACGUCUAUGCUUAUUUAAAAACUAUAAAAUAUUUACAAGUGGAUUAUAUAUAAUUAUACUUCAUAGUUAGAAAAAACUCAACUUAAUUAGAUAAAUUGUUUUAGUUUGGAUUUAAAGAGAUUAAUUGGCUGUCUCACUAAGAACCAUGCAGAGCGUUUCUGGUUGAAAAUUAGAUUUACUUUAUAUUUUUACCAUGAACUACCUUUGUCCUAAAAGGAAUUAAAAUAGUAUUAGAAUUUUAAAAUUUUUCUUUUUUCUUGAGUUAUGACGAAUUUUUGUCUGAACGUCAGCGACACUGAAAUUUCACAUCGAAAAUGGCUGUCAAAUAUGUGUUAAAUUGUGCAUCAUAACUCGGGAAGUUUUGCGUCAAAUUAAAACCUUUUUUCAGCGUAUUGAGACAUAUUCUUCUUCUUUCAGAAUGUGGAAAGAAUUUGAAUGUACAUCUUAUUUUAAGCCUAUUAGUCUCCAUGCAAGAAAGUCGGUAUUUUCGUUCGCCUAACAGCUAAUGAUUAGGUACAAAAUUCAAACUAAAAAUUCUCAAAAGUGCAACCUACUUGGUGUCUAAAACACUUUUAGGGUUAAAGUAGAAUACUUAAAGUUAAGUUAUCCACAACAAAACUUGUCGGCAAAAGGAAUAUGAAGGAGUGCAAAAUUCAUAAAUUAUGGCUAUAAAUAGCUCUAUUUGUUUACCUUUGUGAUAACCGGAAACACAUUCAACGUUACUCGCGGAGCUUUUAUAUCAGCGAUUAUAAAUAUAAAAUAGUGUUAUAAGUUCUUUUAUUUGAAUACAAACACCGCCUUGUAAUUUUUUAAGCUUUUGGAAAGCCUUUACAAUUGAUCGUUUUACUAGUAAACUUGAUUAAAAUUACUAAAUAUUUGCACGCCAACAUAAUGUACAAUAUAUUAUCGUUGUUUAAUAUGUACUGAUGAGUGUGCCAUAAAUAGAAUACACGCUUUAUAGUACGAAAGCAACGAUAUACUAAAUGUGCCAUAAAUAGAAUACACGCUAUAUUACGAAAGCGACAAUACUAAAUUUUAUAGUUAAUUUGCUACCUGGAUAGUUAUUUUUCGCGUGCUCUUCAACAAACAAUUUAAUCUCGCAAAUUUAAUAUUUAAUCAAACGUUCGAGAGUUGUCGAAAAAAUUCCGAGGUUAGUAAAUUGUGUUACUGUAGUCUGUAUGCCAAGGGGAUUACGUUUGUAGCCAACUUUUAAGUUUCUCUAAUUUAUAAAAUAAUAAUAAAAAACACGAAAAUAAUAGCAGAAAAUAAUAGCAGACGCAAUGUAUACAAGUUGUUUUUGUUCUUCAAAGCGCCAUUGUUAAAAAUAAUUAUUGGAGUAUUUUUUAAACUUACUUCAUAAAUAAUAUCAAUGACAGUGGUCCUUUGUAAUUUCCACAUCUGUUUUGUUUGACAGAAAAUUAACGCAAAGAAGUACCGUUUAUAGAUAUAGAAGCUUACUAGUCUAGUUUUGAUUAUGGAGAAAAGAUGUUCAUUUGUUGGCGUUGGUGGAAUUUCUUGUGGUGCAAGUCGUGGAUUGCGGGAGAUUAGUUGCUUAUUUGAUUGUAAGGAAGAUAUGAGUGGUCAACUAUCAAACUGUCAUCUUUCUAAAUCGAACUUGAGAGAGAGCAAGUUAAUUGCUAUUCGUGCGGGAAAGAUUAAUCGUACCGAAGACCAGUUUAAGAUGAUGUCUAUUUGUCCGUCCCACCGUCAUAAUUUGGGAUGAUUUUGGAGACCGCUAAGACCGUGCCAGUAUCCCCUCCAUUCGGGUCCUGCUCGAAAGUGUACAGGGAGAGAUGUUUUCAAUGUGUCAUUGUCAAAAGCAGUAUUUACUCUUUAUGGGAAAUUAAUUCAAGUAGGAUCCCGUAAGUAUUAUGCUACUUUUACUUCUUCAAUUGUUGUAAUUAGUACUUUAAUGACGCGGGAGGGGGGGACUGGAGAUAACUAGGGUAAGUUUAGCGAUAAUAAUAUACUAUUAGUUUUUAAACUAAGAUUGUUUUUAUACUCUUGGAAAUAGAGUAAUGGUAAUCUUAUAUACCGUAAUAUUUGCAAAACUCUGUAAAUUAAAUUGAUUUCCGUCUAGUUUUUGAUCGUCCUGCGCCUUCAUUCAGGACGUUCUUUUAUGGGUACGGGAGGAGGAUGAAUAACACAAUAAAUACUCAAUUUCCGUAGUUUUCGGGUAUAAUAAUAUAGGACAAUUGGUAAAAUAUAAUUUACUUAUAGCAAUAUGCAGACAAUGUCGGCAGAUACACAAAGAGAGAAUGGAAAAAGAAAGCGUCUGGGUGACUACAGAAAGAGAUAAAAAUGAACGAGCAGCUGGUGUAGAAUAUUCUAGAUAUGUCGUACGAAAGGGCAGUGGGGUAGUAUAUAUAUAUAUAUAUAUAUAUAUAUAUAUAUAUAUAUAUAUAUAUAUAUAUAUAUAUAUAUAUAUAUAUAUAUAUAUAUAUAUAUAUAUAGGAAAGCAGCUGACUCUUUGGCAGAUCAGAUGCAAGGCAUGAGUCUUCUUAGCAGUCCGUCUGAACAAGUUCCCCUGUGCCCUGUGGACACCUGGAUGUGCUAGUACGCAUUUUAGCGACAGUGACAUGGAAGAUGACGAAGUCCCAGACGCUUCAGUUGUUACUAAGUUUAAUGAGGCAGUGGAAAAUUUGUCCAAACUUGCUGGAAUGGACAAGCCACCUGAACUCUCCUAUCAGCUAAACGACCUGGAAUCUGCCUCUUCCGUGGAAAAGAACGAGUGCAUAGACAGGGCAACUGGUGCCUGUAAAAUAAUCUGCAGUAUUAUCGCACCUAACGAUGGAGAGAAGCUGUUUGACUCCUUGACACGUGUAAAUUCUGGUGAACACCUUAUACCUUUAGUUACUGCAUUCGCGCAAGCACCAUCUAGAAGCCUGAAGAUACAAAUAUUGAGCAUAUAUGUAUAUGAACUUUCUAAAAAGGCAUUACAAAAACUGCACGAACCAUAUGGCAAGCUUAGUGUAUGGCAAAUCGAUAGGGCACGUGCUCAUGCUAGAAAUUUUGGACCUGGUCAUGAGGUAAAGAAAACGAAACAUCAUCGCGUGAAGCUCAACAUGGUUAAAGUAGAUCACUUCAUCGACUUCGCAAAUCGUCCAUAUUUUCAUCAAGACGUUGCUUUUGGUACAAGAAACCUGAAACUUGAGAAUGGAGAGACGAUCGAAAUGCCCAAUGUUGUUCGCACGGUAACAAGAUCCACAAUGGUUGCACAGUAUUUAGAAGUUUGUAAAGAAGAAGAAUUCGAGCCACUGAGUAGAGCAACUUUAUUUCGGAUUCUGGAAAUACGAGAAGCAUCACAGCGCAAAUCCCUCCAGGGUUUAGACAAUACUGCAGCAGAUGGAUCGAUAGCAUUCAUGACAAUGGAAGAGAUCUGCGAACGAUUAGUGCAUUUCGGUGUGGAUAUGAAAUGGUCGCAGUCAGUAAUUAAGAAAUUGCAAAAGGCAAAAGAAUAUCUCAAAACAGACUACAAAGUACACUGUCAGGAGAGUGAGAGUCUGUGUGCAGAUCAUUGCAGAGCGUUCGCAUUAAGUGAUCCUUAAGACAAGGAGUUCCAGGUAAAAUGUUCUCACCAACACACAAUGGAAUGUGAAAAUUGCGAGAAUUUAAAAUCUACUGUCGAGGAAAUUCGUGCAAAGCUCUGAGAAACGAAGCAUUUUUCGUGCACAAAAGAUGUGAAAGAAGAGCUCACUCACGACUUUGAGGAAGCCUACAACCACAUUCAGAAGUGGAAAUCUCACAUUCUCCGCUCGAUUAAUCAGGAUAGAGCAAAGCAGAAAGUUUUGGAUGACCUUGAUGAGGCCAGUGUUCUUAUUGUUGCUGAUUGGGCUAUGAAAUUCGAGCAGACAAGAUUUCGAGAAAAACAGUCUGAUUGGUAUGGUAAGCGUGGGCUUAGUUGGCAUGUUAGUAGCGUCAUUUCCAAAGGCUCGUCAACAGACACAGUUACUGUGACUACAUAUGUCCAUUUAUUCGAUCCGUGCACUCAAGAUUGGUUUGCUGUAGCUUCUGUUGUCGAAAAUCUUCUUUCAACCAUAAAAUCCAGUUUUCCGCUAGUGAAUAAAGCCUACCUCAGAUCAGAUGAAGCGGGGUGCUACCACAACAACCUUCUUAUCGCAUCAUUGUCAGACAUCGGGAAACGGGUUGGUAUUUCGGUUAGUGGUUAUGACUUCUCAGAACCUCAACAGGGUAAAGACAUUUGCGAUAGAAUUAUUAGCCCUUUAAAAUCAUCUAUUAGAAAGUAUUGUAACGAAGGACAUGACAUUCUUAACGCCACAGACAUGAACACUGCACUGAAUUACCACCCUGUCAAGGGAGCCUCAUCAUCGGUUAAUGAAGUGAACGAAUCUGUGGAGCAACUUAAAGUAAAGAAAAUACCAAACUUUAGCAGCUAUCAUAACUUUAUUUAUGAGAAAGAUGGUAUCAGAGUAUGGAGAGCUUUUGGAGUGGGAGUGGGGAAGAAAGUGCCCAGUAAAACGCUUUACAUCAGUCACCAAGGAAACACACAGAUGCAAAUAAAAGAUUCUUUCCCAGGCAUUAAUUCAGUAAGAGAGACAAAAUUGAAAAAGAAAAAUCCAGCUGAAGCAAGUACAUAUAAUACUGAGCUUGAAGGUCUUUUCGACUGCCCUGAGCCUGGCUGCAACCAUGUUUUCAAGUCCUUCAAUUGUUUAGAGCUACACAUGGACGUGGGGCAACACAGUCGCUUCAUUAGCAAUGAAAGUGUAUAUGAUGUUCUCAGAAGGGAAUGGGCCAAUAGUUUUAAAACUGUCACAACAAAGGAUGUGCAAGCAUCAGCACAGAGUGGUAUUCAACGAAUCCAAGAAAGUGCUCUUGAGAUGAGCUGGGCCUUAAACCAACCCAAAACGGGAUCUGUAAGAUUCCCUGAAAAGGUUAAAAAGUACCUGGUUGCAAAAUUCGACUCUGGAGAACGAACAGGCCACAAAGCAGAUCCGACACAAGUUUCACUGGAUAUAAGAGCUGCAAAAGAUGAGAGUGGAGAAAGGCUCUUCAAGAGGGAAGAGUGGCUAAACAAGCAGCAGAUAAAGGGGUUUUUUCGAGGUUGGCCAAACAGCAAAGAAAAGGGCAACUUGAAAGCGACAUAUCAGCAGAAGAAGACACUGAUGAUGAUGAUUUUGAGGAGAAUGCACAAAGAGAAACGCUUGUGGACAACAUCAUUGCUGAGAUCGACAUAUGCCAUCCUAUAUACUACGACGCGUAUGAUUUAUGUGACAUGAACAAACAGAAGAGCCUAUCUAUUUUUAAAAUAACGAUGCUGAAAGAAAUUUGUGUGCAUUUUGAACUUCAACUCAAAUCAAAGGAUAAAAAACAAACUCUCAUAGAUAAAAUAUAUCCAUGAUUGGGCAAUGCACAUGUUUCCAAAUAAAUAACUAAACUGUGCAGGUGCGGACAAAUACUCCCAGACUAACUUGGACUUGUCGAGAGAUGUCAUUGUUCUUGGCCCGCGAGUGUGUGCAGCCUGGAGCAGUAUCGUUAACUCAAAUCAAGUACCAUAAACGCUGCAUGCAGUUUAGUACGAUGAGGGUGGGAAAGGGUAUUUUCGUGAGCCAUGAAUGGUCAAUAUUUGUUCGCGUGAAAUGUGAAAUGCUUGAUUUUAGUGUCGUGAAAUGUGAUUUGUUCUACAGCUGUGAGAUGUCAUUGUUGAUAAAAAUGCUCCGUGAAAUGAGAAUUAAGGAUGCCUGUUUCGUGAACUGUGAUUAUUAUAGUGAUUAUUAUAAUAAACAUGAUACGCAAUAAUCAAAUUUAUAUGAUCUCACUCGAUUGCACAACAGUAAAAACUUCGGAGGCCUUUCGCGAGGUUCCUGUGACUGAGGACAAGGUUCCUGACGCUGAGGACAAUGUUACUGACGCUGGGGACAAGGUUCCUGACGCUGGGGACAAGGUUCCUGACACUGGGGACAAGGUUCCUGACGCUGGGGACAAGGUUCCUGAUGCCGAGGACAAGGUUCCUGACGCCGAGGACAAGGUUCCUGAUGCCGAGGACAAGCUUCCUCAUGCUGAGGACACGCGCGGAGGUCGUC